CGGAUCUUCUUCACAGACAGAAUUAUGGAGCCUCUAAUCAGCUUCCUGGAUAUGCCAACACACAUCAUUCCACUGGUCUUUCUGGAAUAUUUGAUACUAAUAUGAACAGUGCUGGCCCUAAGACUAAAGAAUCUUCCGUGAUGAAUUUCCUGUCUGCUAUUGAAUCCCGAACUGCUCCGGCCACUUCUUCAGGAACUACGCUUUUACCACAAUUCAGGGCUCCAUCAUGGCAGACAGGUAUGCAUUCCUCAACAGCAUCUGAGCUGUUUGUUACUGGAGCUUUGCCAACCACUGGGACAUUUCCACCAACAUCCACUCUUUCCACUUAUCAGCAUCCCAACACUUUCAGCAAUAGAAACUUUGCUACUACCCCACCUCUGACACUUCAAGAUUCAACUUUCAAUAAUACUUCAAAUGGUAUUUUAAAUCCUCAUGACCCUUUGCUACAAGUCAAGACUUCACAAGGUACUAUUCCAACUGCUUUGGCAUUUGAACGCUUGGGCAGUUCUGUGUUAAGUACCAGUGUACCACCUCAGUCUUCUACAUAUCGUUCAGCUCAAGAGUCUGCACCCCAUCUUUUACAACCUCAGUUUGGCUUGUUGUCUUCACCCCUUGGAGGAGGCCAACAAGCUUCUCAAGCCUAUAGCUCAACAGUUUUUACUGGUUCUACUACAUCCAUUGAAAGAGUUCUUCGAGAAUGUAGUGUUAUUAAACACCAUCAGCGGCCUUCAAAUACUCAGGCUAUUCAGGCACAACUGGCUGGUUCACAGCAUUCCUUACCUAGUUACUUUUCAAAUGCAAGUGUAGCUGAUUUUCAGGAUACAACCAGGCAGCCACCUUUAUCUUGUAACCCAAUUGGAGAUUCUACUCAGGUGAGCAAUGGAGGACCACAACAAAAGACCUCCCAGGUCUCAGUGGGACUAGCUCAGUCUUACCCAUCUACAAUUCCAUCACCCAGUUAUCUUCCUACUUCAAAAGUAAAAAACUGCUCUACAAAGCAACCACCAAGGUCAGCUAAGACCCCCAAACCUCAGAGUGUGAUGCCUCCUGUGCUAAAACAAAGCUAUUCCAAAUCUUUACACAACCAGAGUUCUGUGAUAUCAGGCCAAGCACAAAUUUAUUCUACAGCUCAGCUACCCAGCCUUUUAUCAGUUAGCCAAUCCCAAAAUUAUGCUUCCACGCAAUCACAUAACGUGCCAUCUAUUGUUCAUUCACAGGUUUACACCCACAAUAAAGUUGAGAAGUUGCCACCCUUAUACAAAACACUGACUUUUUCUGGGCAAUCUCAAACAGUAACUUCUGAAAGUCAGACAAUUAGUUACUCCUCUGAUCAACAGCAGGUUUUAUCUUCAGUUACAAAUGAGAACUACACUCAAACAAGGGAUAUUUCUUCAGUUAGUCAAUCUCAGAGCUAUUCUUCUGGUCACUCUCAGGGUUUAUCUACUGUCAGUCAAUCACAAGUUAAUUUCUCAUCUCAAUCACAAGUUUUGUCGGCUGGUAGCCCUUCAGAAAACUAUACUUCAGGUCAGUCUCUAACAUUAACAUCACCUUCUCUUCCAUUUUCUUCUUCACCUCAAGUUCAGAAUUUGCCAGCUUCUAGCUCCACCCAAAAUUUUAUUUCUAUGCAUUCUUCUCAAAGUGCUCACACUCAAGGAUCAUCAUCACCACAGUCACAAAAAUUUUUGCCAACUGCCCAGUCCUCUCCUUUUGCAUCCCCUGUUCAUUCACAAACUUUACAAAAUAAUAGACCUUCCUCUGAUGCAAAAUCUUACACUAAAAGAAAAUCUGAUUCUACUCUGUUUACAUCCUCAAAGCAAGAAGAUGAAUUUCCAGUACAAGAUUUACAAGUGUUACGGCAGCAGACAUCUCUUAACUCACCAACCCAGGGUGAAAUUAAUGCUCAAGAUCCAGCCUACAGAGUUCCAAAGGCAAAUGAUAGAUACCCUCAGAGUGUCAUUAGAAGUAAUUCUUGCCUUGAAGAUCAGGUUGUUGGUGUUGCUUUACAAGAGCGAGAAAAGGAGGAAAGAAUAGUCGGCCCGGUGGCACAUCUUACCCAGUCAAUUGGACCAAUUCCUAAUGUGUCAAGCCACGAUAUUAAGAAAGCAUCUAAUUUAAUGCAGUCCUCACAAAUAAACACUAAUGCAAAAGAAUUAAACCAGCAGCAUCCUCUUUUACCGAAGGUUCAUGAAGUACAGGUCCAAGAACAGCAGAGUCAGGCCAUUCACCCUGCCCCACAGAUUCAGAUUCAGACUAAUGCUUUAAGACAAGUCCAUCAACUACCCUUGCCUAGUUCACAGGUGCUUCUUGAGACUGGAUAUGACUUGCAAAUUUUUCAACAGUCAAUAUUGCAGGCAAGCUUAGACCAAGCAAAGGCAUCUACACAGAUUCAGCCAGUUCAGAGUUCUCAGCAAAUAGUACAUCCCUUCCUUCAGUUGGACAGUCCGAUUAUUCAAAGCAAUGGAGGACAUUCUCAGCAGCAGCUUCAUCCCCAAAAUCCCGAGGUUUUGAAAAUGGAUCUUUCAGAAUCUUCUAAACCAUUACAAGAACAUCUAGCAGCAAAAGGCCACUUUAAUCAACCAAAUCAACAUGAUUCAAAGAAUCAAUUUGUUUCCCUUGGUUCAAUGUGUUUUCCUGAGUCAAUACUUCUCAAUGAUGAGAGAAACAUUUUAUCAAAUGAUGAUGAUAUUUUAGCAGCUACUGCUGUAGCUUGUGGGGUUACACCAUCUGAUUUUGCUGAAUCAGCUUCAAGUGAAACAAUUCCAACAGUUGAAAAUGGUGAUGACCACAAAUCCCAUUUUCAGCAGUCAGCAGAUAUUAGACAUGUGACUCCAGACUUUAACUCUCUGACAGCCAUGGUAGAAAAAUCAGAGAAUCUAAACAAUAUUUCCUUAAAUGGUAGCCAAAUUACUAUAAACCUUUCAUCUUUACCCAUCAUUCAUUCAAAGAAUAUGAACCUUGAUCAGAAGCAUCUUGAAACUCCUGAUCAAAAUAUAACCCCCUCAACAGUUGAGGAGCAGCAGCAAAGCUCUGAUACAGUGAAUAAAAUCUCUAAUAUUACUCAUGAAUCUGAAGAAGACAACGAAGUCCCUGCUGAUGGUGUGUUAAAUAUUAGAGACCAAGAGUUUGUUACUAGUAGUAAAAGUCUGAGUGGAGAAACUGCUGUUUCAGAGAGUGAAUUUCAUAUGACUAGUGAUAAUAGUGCUACAGGGUCCCAGAAUAAAGUCUCACUUCCUCUAAUGACUAUGGCACAACCUGGGGAUAUGAUCAGUGUCAAGACUGAAGAAGAUGACCAAGAUAUAAUACAAUUCAACCUUCAGAAAAGAAGACUUACAGGAAAGGGGCUGAUGAGGGAUGAGGAUAACAAUAGUAACCAAAAACAGGUGAAAUGGCCCCCACAAAAUAAACGUCAGAAUUCAAGGGGCACAGAUAUAUGCUUGCCAUUUUCUCCUUCUAUUUCAGAAUGUUGUCAUGAUGGUUAUCAGCAUCAAGAAAAGAUGAGACAGAAGAUCAGAGAAGUUGAGGAGAAGCAGCCAGAAGUGAAAACAGGAUUUAUUGCCUCUUUUUUAGACUUUCUGAAAUCUGGUCCUAAACAGCAGUUUUCAGCCCCUGCUGUAAGAAUGCCAAAUAGGACUCGGCGGCCAGGGACCCAGGUUGUUCGUGCACCUUGCCACACUCAACUCCCAAAGACUUCAUCUACUUCACCUGCAGUGUCUGAAGCUGGGAGCUUUAGUCCUUCUAGAAAAAUUGAUGAACUCAAGAAAAAUUUUGAAGCUUUACCGUCAUUUUCUUCUGAUGAUGAAGAUUCUGGAAGCUGUAGUAAUGAUCUUCAAAAGAGCAUCUCUACUGUUUUAUCAACUUUGGAUGAUACUUCUGAUAAAAAAAUUAAGUCAGAAGCUGUAAAGGCAGCUGCUGGUUUAGCUCCGACUCCUGCUGCCACCACUCCUGAUGCUGCUGUUAAGCAGGAAUCUUUACACACUACUUCCCCAGCAAUAAAUGAUCCAGAAAACACGAGCUCGACAGAGCCCCCAAAGGCCUUGGGCCCCAGCCUUGAUGGGGUUCCUUCAGACCAGCUAGCAAAGGUACAGGAAACCACUGCAGUCGAAGGAUGUACUGAAGAGGAGGACACAGACAGCGGAGGAGAGGGCCAGUACAGAGAACGAGAUGAAUACGUUGUGAAGAUAGAAGACAUGGAGAACCUGAAGGUGGCUUUAAAAACAGGUAAAGAACCUCCAGCCAUCUGGAAAGUACAAAAAGCUUUAUUGCAAAAGUUUGUUCCUGAAAUUCGAGAUGGACAAAGAGAGUUUUCUGCCACUAACAGUUAUCUUGGAUAUUUUGGGGAUGCAAAGAGUAAAUACAAACGGGUAUAUGUAAAAUUCAUCGAGAACACCAACAAGAAGGAAUAUGUCAGAGUGUGCUCCAAAAAGCCAAGAAGUCACCUUUUGCCGACAUCCAGAGUUGUUCAUUCAAAGCCAAGUACUAGCAGUAAAGUUCCCGAUCCUCCAGCACCAAAAACAACAAAAGUCUCUUCCGUAAAAUCCAAAAUGAAGCAGCCAAAGAUGCAGGCUGAGCCACCGCCGCCAAAGAAGCGGAAGAAAUGGAAACAAGAGCUAGAGUCUUCCCAGUCUGAUUCCUCGCCUGAGAUCCACAUGAGUGGCAGCGAGGAGGAUGAGUUUGACCCUCCAGCUCCUUCCAUCCCUCGAUUUUUGAACACGAGAGCAAUGAAGGAGACCUUCAGGAGCUACGUGGAGCUGCUCGUGAGCAUCGCCUUAGACUCGGACACGAUGCAGGCUUUAGAGAAGAGCAAUGAUGAGCUUCUUUUGCCUCACAUGAAGAAAAUUGAUGGUAUGCUGAGUGAUAACAGAAGAAAACUUCUUCUGAAGCUGCAUUUGGAUCAGCCGCUUAAGAAUGCUUUGGAAAGUUUUCCUGAAUUAACAGUAAUUACUCGGGACUCUAAAGCAAAAAGUGGAGGAUCUAUUUCUAAAAUCAAAAUGAAUGGCAAAUCUUAUAACAAGAAGACACUUAGAACUUCCAAAUCAACCACUAAAUCAACACAGGAAUUUGCUGUAGAUCCAGAAAAAAUACAGUUGUAUUCUUUAUAUCAUUCUCUUCAUCAUUACAAAUACCAUAUUUAUCUGACAUGUAAAGAGGAGAUUUCAUCUGUGCAAAAAAAAAAUGAAGAUUUAGGACAGGAAGAAAUUGUACAGCUCUGUAUGAAAAAUGUAAAUUGGGUGGAGGAUCUUUUUGAAAAGUUUGGAGAACUUUUGAAUUAUGUCCAGCAAAAAUGUUCAUAACAAUUUUCCAAAGUACCAUUUUUCUACAUGCGGGAAGAAAAACAAUUCAAAAAGAAUUUCUGGUUCUUCAGACAAUGCGUAUCUUCUUCAUUUAGGAAACUUGCACCUUGGCUUCUGCUGAGGAAAUUAGUCCUUUGUAAAUGGACCUAAAUGCUAAACACAUUUUUAUCCUGAUGAAUGAUUUUUCUAUUUUGGUAAACUAUUGGGUAACAGUUAUUUUCAGAAUGUUUUUUGAAAAACAAUAAAGCAUGCACUAAAUAUAAUUCUUUAUUGCUACAGAGAACACUUAAAUACUUUAGUUUUCCUUACCUCUAGCUAAACAACAGCGAGGGGUGGAAAUAAGCUUAUAUUUGCAUUUACAUCUGGCCACCAAAAUGAGAGUAUUGUACAUUUUGUAAACAGCUAAGUGUGUUGUGUCAUUCUGUGAGAGAAUAUUGCCAUCAUCAGAUCCAGAAACCAUGUUCUGCUUUAUGGACUCCUUUUACUCUUGACAUGUUCAGGAAACUGGAUGUGGAAUUGGUGCAAUCCUUUGACUGCUUUUUUGUGUCAAAUUAUAUUGUAAUGAAAAACAAUGAACUAUACUAUUUUCCCUGUUUUGAAGAAAAGUAUUUUCUUUUAUAUUCUUGUUUUUCUUUGGAAAAAAUUCAAUUGUACAUUUUAUCUCACUAAUAGUUGUAUUUUUCACAGAGAAAAUAUUGUGGUUACAAUUGUUUCAUAUAUCUUUGUAAUACACUUCGCAUUGUUUCCAGUAAACCUUAUUCCUUUCUAUGUUGACUUCCUAUUGUACACUCUAUCUUGAGAUAACUGUGUUUAUACAGACUUGCUUCAGUGUUAACCAGAACAUGCAUUCAAUACUAGACUAGUUUUGCAUCAUAAAUGUAGUUGUGUUGGACACUGCAGACAUAGGAAAAUAAAUUUCUUACUAAACUAGCACUUGAUUAACUGAUUUAUUAAUACAAAAGCUCAACUAUGGCUUACUUUCUG